AUGGCGUCGAUGGAGAUUUAUCAGAGAAUUGUCAGAGAAACCAAACGGAUAAGAAAAGGAAGAAGAGAGUGGAAGAUUGAGAUCCCCAAUGAUGUCAUGGAAGAAAUCGUGAUGAAGCUUCCGGUGAGAUCGAUUAUGAGGUUCCAAGCGGUUUCAAAGCAUUGGGAAUCGGUGAUUAAGACAAGAGAUUUUGGGGCAAGACACAUGGCUCAUCAGAGAAACAAAGAUCCUAAACUCAUGUUUGUUUCUUAUGGUUUUGAUCAUAUCCGUUUUGAGCAAAGGGACUUGGAGACGACUUCUCUUGAAGAGAGACUCUGUUUUGAAAUUGAAGAGAUUAAUGGUCCUAUCGAGAUCUCCGAAUGCUGCGAUGGCCUUGUCUGCUUCUACUGCUUGACUCAAGCAGUGGGAGUGAUAAAUACGGCCACAGAAACGUUGUUGCCACCACUCCCCUUAGCAAAUUUUCAGCGUCUUCAUAAAGACCAUCCAGAUCUGGAGCGGGAUGUGAUGGUCGAAGAUGAUGCUGCUGUUCCAGUUCCAUUCAUAUCAUUUACUAUGUUUGGAUUUGGGAAAGACAACGUCACAGGACGAUAUAAGAUAGUGUGGCUCUAUAAUAUAUAUCCUAUUGAUUGGCCACAAGGAGAUAUAAUCAGCUACUUAAAAUGA